AUGGCGGCGGGCGCGCGGGGAGCCAGGCCUGGCGCCGCGGUGACAGCGCUCCUGGCCGCCUGGCUGGUGCUGGCGCUGGGCCCCGCCGCCGCCUCCCGCCCCUCCCAGGUGGGCAGCCCCGGCGAGCAGCGGGGCCGCGUGCAGGUCCUGAGCGCCGCCAACUGGAGCCUGGUGCUGCAGGGCCAGUGGAUGGUGCAAUUUUAUGCACCUUGGUGUCCAGCGUGCCAACAGAUUGAGGCAGCAUGGGAGAAUUUUGCAAAAGAAAGUGACCAUCUAGAUAUCACUGUAGGAAAAGUGGACGUCACUCAAGAACCAGGUUUGAGUGGCCGUUUUUUUGUCACCACACUUCCUACUAUUUACCAUGCGAUGGAUGGAGUAUUUCGCAGAUAUCGUGGCUCAAGGACGUCAGAAGACCUUCAAGGCUAUAUCUUAGAGAGAAAAUGGGAAGCUGUAGAACCCGUAGCUGGAUGGAAAUCCCCAUCUUCUAUAAUGAUGCAUGGAAUGGCAGGUCUUUUUCAUUUCUCUGGAUGGAUCAGGCAAAUUCACAGCUACUUCACAGGCACUCUUGGAAUUCAUGUCUGGGGUUCUUAUGCAAUCUUCAUUUUAUCCACUCUGUUGAUUGGCCUGAUCCUGGGUUUGAUAUUGGUUUUGAUUGCAGACUGCCUUUGCCCUUCCAAGCCUAGGUACAGAGAAGAAGCAUCCGUAGAGUUGAUUGAAAAGGAGAAUGCAGAGCUUACAGCAGUAGAAGAGGUGGAAGAAGAUGAAGAGCUUUCAGCAAAUGAGUUAGAAGAGGAUGUAGAGGAAAAGAAGGACAUUUCAGAUGGGGAAGAUGGAGCCAAAUCAAGUGAAGAGGCCAAUUCAAGUGAGGAUGGCUCAGAAGAGGAGGACUCUGCCGUUGAUGAAGGAUCAGGGACAGAAGAGACAGAAGACAUCUGUGAACAACAUCCAACUGAUUCGGAGACCCAAAGCUCAGUAAGGCAACGUAAAAGCCAGGUGGCUGACAAUGGACUAUAGUUUCCUUGGUGUUUUCCAUAAACUCGGACCAAAGAAAUAUCUGGGGCCCUUUUGGUCUGCAGCUGAAGCCAAACACUUGAUUUGUAACUUGUGUUUACGUAAAGCAAAACCUUUGCUCUGCA